AUGAGCCAUAAUACUGUUGCUCUUCUCUAUGUCAUCGCACUUCUUUCCGUCUUGGUUUGUAUGGCAAUGGCUGAAGGAAAACGGAAAAACGGAGAACCAAUGAGCGAUCAGGAUCUUAUUGACGGCAAAAAGAGCAAGGAAGGCCAGGACGACAAAAACGACACAAAGAGCAACGGAGCCGAGAUGUACUACACUCUUGAAGAGGUGAAAGGAGAUCUUGGAUGUGCUGAUCGCGUUGUCAAGACCUUCAAGGAAGUUGCAUUGAAAUUCCCAACUGGAAACAUCAUCAUUGUUUCGCAUGGAACUCCAUUGGCCAACAUUCAUGCCUUCCUCGAGGGACACUGGAAAUAUGUUGGACAAUGCACCAUUGGCAAGGUCACUGAUAUGUAUGGACAAUCGUUCCGUCUCGACUACUGGUCUGAUAAGAGACACUUGUCUCAGACUCAUGACCUCCGUGAAGACGAACGCAUCACCCCACAGAUGCCAGAGUAA